CUUGACGAUUUCUGUCAACAAUUUUUCAUUGAAGCACUUUUCAUGAGUUUGGUCCUUCUUUAGUGCAUUAAUGUGCACUUGACGUUUACAUUUCUUCUGUUACACAUUAGCUUUGAUUUUAAGGUGAGCAGCAAAUUAAACCAGCAAGAUGGCUGGUCACGGAAAGACGGACAUGGAGAGAGUAGGUCUCUUCCAGGAGAUGACCUAUCACACUAUUGGAGACAAAUAUAAGAGGCCAGGAAGCAUCAAUUUCAAUGAAGCUUCAAGCAAAGGCAAACAGAUGUUGCCUGGAGGGAGCAAGUCCAGGUCGGCUCUGCAGGCUGGUUAUUUUGCUGACAAAUUUGGCCGUACCAUGGAAGGAGAGGCAUACUCGGACCCUAUUAAAAUACGACGGCAAUGGCGGUUGAAGGAACAAAAGAAAAAUAUAGGAAAAGCGUUUGUCCCAAAUAGUGGUGAAAAACAGCCAUCUGGCUUAGGAAGUCACUAUGGUACCCUCUCUGGUCCAAUACCCGCCUUUAGUCCAAAUGCUCGAGCAAGAGGAGACAGGAAGGCCUCGGGAAGGAAUUUUACAACUAAUCCAGGAAAAAAAGGAACUGGCUAUGGUUAUGUACCAGUCACAAUUGGAAAAUAUCAUGAACACAAGAUUGAUCCCUAUGACAGAGCAAGAGAAACUUCAAAGAAAGACAUGGAAUCUCAUAAGAGAGAUAUGAAGGGUGGAGCCUUCAAGCUCAAUAUGUCACCAAAGGCUUACUUUGAUGACAAUCCAUACAAGACAGAGAAACCAUUGCCUCCAAUUAGGAGUGGUUCUAGCAAAAAAGAUGACAGUAAACCAUUCAAACCCAGCUCACCUCCAAAGAACCCUGGUGGUAUGAAGGCUGGUACGUUCGACCCCUAUCCUACUCACUCAUCAGAUGCCUACCAAGUGAAGAUCAAGCGGCCAGUACAUGUAGUAAACAACACAGGCAAGACAUUCAUGCCUUCACCUGGACCGAAAUCAGCUCCAGUCUCCUCUAUUGUCAAUUUGAAUGUUUUGAAAACUGUGAAUGUGCAGAACUACAAGACUAUACGAUCUGUGACCUGUGUAUAACAGAAAGAUGUGUCAUCAGCCGAUUUGCUGCUUGUUCUCACCUCACACGAGUAAACAAACUGUUCUCCUGCGGUGUUUGUUUUUCUUUUCAAGAGUGCAGAUUCUCUAGCGAGAAAGAAAUUUGUGAGCCAAGAAAACUUUUUGUUGGUGCCAGUAAUUUGUUGUUCAUUGACUCUGGGAUGUGACAAUUCAUCAUCUCAUGAUAUCAGUUUGAAAUGUCUGAUGCCCAAAAAUUGGCACCAUAGCAAUUAUAUUUCUUCUAUUUUGUGGAUCAAACUGAGGUCAGUCUGCGAGGCCUAUCUUUGGUUAGCCAGUUGGUUGUCAACACAUUUGGAAGUAGACGAUAGAACGGUCUGCAGCAUAAUAAGAUCAGGAAUAGAGAAAACUGCACUCAGUCCAUCAUUAGGUUUUCUGUGCGGUUAACCUUGCAACUGAGCCAGUCAACAUUAGUGUAUGUAGGACCAUGUUUAAUACUUUGGUUCUUUUUCAAGGACAAAACAUAUCAUGAGAAUUGUUAAUAUUGUAAAUAGUUUUAAAACACUCCGUCCAAGAUGUUAUUUUGUAUAAAUAUGAAAUUUAAGGCUUUUGUUGUGAUUUAACCAUUAUAUUUUCACUUUUCCUUUUCAAAUGUUGAUGUAAGUGUUUAUAUGCUUCAGGAGCACAAGCUUGUUUCUUUCAACUUAUUAACUUUCUGCCUUUUUAGGCAGUUUUUAGAUAUUGCUUAAAAAUCAUGUAAGAUUUGAGUCUUGAAUGUGUACAGAACUUACUGUCUUUGUGAAGACUUCAGCAUAAUUCAAGGCAAGACACCUGCGAGUUCUCCUGAAGUCAUGUUACAAAAGCUACUUGGCUCCUAUUUCACCAAUGCACGUCCGUCAAAUUUUGUUGGUGAUCUUUUUGGGUGUGGGCUACAUACAUAAGAUCUCCCUCGAAAAUGCAAUUAAUUUGUGAUGACUGUUUCUUAUGUUCCACUGAAUUUAUUAGCAGUGUGGCCAAUAACAGUGUCAAUAACUUUCAUUUGUUGAUAUUGCUAUUGUUACCGACUUGCGUGAAAGACAUCCAUCAUGUUGUAUCUUGUACCUUCUGAGAGAUUUAUAUAUAGAGUAAUAAAUAUUUCAU